AUGUCGGUUAAAAAUCAAAUUCGCACGUUCUGCCAUAAUUGUGAUAAUCUUCGUGACAUUAUUCUUUCCAAAGACCGAAAGAUAGCCCAGCUACACAAUGAUCUUAUUAGCGCGCAAAAAACAUUGAUCAGAACACAAGACAACACAUUAAACUUUUUAUCCAAGAUUGUCAAGGAUAAGCCACUAGCAGUGCAGAACGAAAACGAAAGCGAAAACGAAAGCAACAUAAGCUUUGAAAGUGGACCGAUAUACAAUGCAAAGAGAGUUGAUGUUGAAAUCGAACCAGUGGUUGAAGAGUUUUGCGUCGUUAUCGGUAAUGUCAGAGGAAACAUUGAUAAGAGUCGGUUGAUAAGUUUAUUGCAGCAGACGUUUGGACACGUUUCCGAUGUUGAAUUCAUACCAAAUAAGCUUCAACAACGGAACUCUGUCGAGUCAAAAGAACAGAAUAAACACUACCCAGCCAUAUUCUUGUUUCAUGACGUACUUGAUGUACUGGCAGAAUUAGAGCUUACUGAUACCAGCAAACACCAUAUUCAUAUGAACAGAUGUCAAUGGCGCCCGAAUGUAUUUCCUUCGGGGAUUUUUGCAAAUAUGCAUAUUUUCUUCAUGAAACUAAAAGAAAUUUCACGCACAGCAACAUUCGCCUGGAGUCCAGGACAGCAAAUACCAAUUAUUGCUGCUGGCACUGUUGCUGGAGCUUUUGACGCGAGUUUUUCAGUUACGUCAGAACUGGAACUAUUUCGACUCGACAACAUUAACAAAUCAGCUGGCGCUGAAUUGCAACCUGCUGGUGUAGUCACUAGUAAAGCAAGAUUUGACCGACUAGCAUGGGGUGGUUUAUCAGAUAAACAAUAUGGACUCAUCGCCGGUGGCAUGGAAACCGGUGAACUUGACUUGUGGGAUCCGGCAGUUAUUUUGGAAGGUGGCGACACAACGGAGGCUCUGGUUUUACGCAACACAACCCAUUCGGGUAAUGUCCGCGGUCUGCAAUUUAACCCGUUCCAACCCAACUUGUUGGCAUCGGGUGCGACUAAUGGGGAGGUUUUCAUUUGGGAUGUCACUGCUCCUGCGUCACCACUCACGCCAGGCGCCCGCUCAACAAAACUCGAAGAUAUUACGCAUCUUGCAUGGAAUAACAAAGUUCAACAUAUCUUAGCUACCUCUUCGACCACUGGAUAUACGGUUGUAUGGGAUUUGAAGAAUAAACGAGAGGCUAUGCACCUGUCACAUGCUGGACUAUCAAACCAAAUGGGAGGAUCCUACGGCAUGGGUGGAAUAAUGAGUGCCGGAGGUACGAUGGGAGCUGGUGGAAGGAGAGGUAUUACCGCUAUUGCAUGGAAUCCUGAUGCGGCUACACAAAUCAUUGCCGCUUCAGAAGAUGAUGGGAAUCCGGUGAUUGUAAUGUGGGAUCUUCGAAACGCACGUGCUCCUGAAAAGGCGAGCAUACUGUCACUUUCAUGGUGUCUGAAGGAUGCAGAUUUAUUACUGUCAUGUGGUAAAGAUAAUCGUACGCUUUGUUGGAAUCCAAAGAAUGCAGAAGUCAUUGGAGAGCUUCCUCCGUGCUCUAAUUGGGUUUUCGACGUUCAAUGGUGUCCAGGAAACCCCGAUUUGAUGGCAACAGCUUCGUUUGAUGGCAAGAUAAACAUCCACUCAUUACGAUCAUCUCAGGAGCAAAAGGAAGUGCCAGCAAGUCAGAGUAGUGAUCCGUUUGCAUCUAUCGGACAAUACACGCCUUCACUCGUCCUCAAACAGCCACCGAAAUGGCUGCGAUGCCCUGUUGGUGCCAAGUUUGGGUUUGGCGGCAAAUUAGUACGUUUCAAUAGCAAAAACACUGAUAGCUAUAAAGUUAUCGUUUCAACAGUUGUCACAGAACCAGAGCUAUUCCAGCGCUCGGAUGAGUUGGAAGGUUCCGUUGACAGCCAAGCACUUAAUUCCCUGUGUGAGAAGCGAGAAAAGUGCGCUUCAAACGAGUUUGCAUCGGAUAAUUGGAAAAUUCUUCGCACGUUAUUCAAUGAAAAGCCUAGAGCGGAAUUAGUGAGACACCUUGGAUUCACGAAAGAUGAUGUUGUUACACAAAUAUCUGCCGCUAUAAAGUCUAUGAACCUUGAAUCUACCAAAUCGAUCCUUGAACCGACUAAGACCAACCUUGAAUCAACAAAAUCCAACUUUGAGUCUACUGCAUCGAACCUUGAAUCUACCACUUCAGAUCCUCAAUCAGCUGUAGCAGAACGUCCAGCUACUACAUCAGAUUUGUUUGGCGAUUCGGAAAACAUUGCAGACGCAUUUGCAGUCGAUUCCACGUAUUCUACGUCCGAAGAUAUAUUUUCAGUUGUUUCGACAGCGACUGAAACUACAAUGCCGCCGACUAACUUGGGGCCGUUCAAGAUCUACCCGUCAGACGAAUCAGAUAUAGACAAGUUAAUCACUCGAUCAAUCGUUCUUGGUGACUUUGAGUCUGCCGUGAAUCUGUGUCUACAAGCUGAUAGGCUAUCAGAUGCUCUUUUGUUGGCUGUCUGUGGUGGAUCAGAGUUAGUACAACGAACGCAAAAAGCCUACUUUGAGCGACAGAUUAAGAACGUGCCAUAUGUGCGUUUGCUUCAGAGUAUCGUGGCUGGAGACUUGUCGGAUGUAGUAUAUAAUGCAGAUUUGAAUGAAUGGCAAGAGGUGGUUGUAGUACUUUGCACGUUCGCUCGUGGAGAAGAAUUUGGUACUUUGUGUAAUGCUCUUGGCACAAGGCUUGAACAAGAAUAUCAUAAAUCUGUCUCUGCGUCUAGUGACAAUGCACGACAGGUAGCGUUGCAGUAUAGGAAAAAUGCGCUAUUGUGUUACCUGGCUGCUGGCAACUUGGAGAGGGCUGUUAAUAUUUGGAUCGCCGAACAGGAAGAGGAGGAACAAGAGGAGCUUAAACGUGCUCAAAAGGAAGGUCAUAAGAAAUCAACGUCCCGGUUUUCGUUCCACGCAAAGAGUUUACAGAACCUUGUUGAGAAGGUUACAGUAUUCCGAAAAGCUAUUGAUUACGUUGAUUCUGACAUUGUGCAAUCUCUGGAUUCUAGUAACGAAGGACCCGUUGGCCAUUUCAAACUAGCUUCUUUGUACAAUAAAUAUACCGAAUAUGCAGAGCUAAUGGCGAAUCAAGGCCGUUUAACGGUUGCUUUGAAAUAUUUAAGUCUGAUUCCUGUUGAAUAUAGGGUUAACCCUAAUCAACUUGAUAUCUUGGCUGUUAUAAGAGAACGCGUAUAUAAUUCUGGUAUAGAUGUUGGUGGUCUCAAAGCACCGGUGUUUCCAUUUAAACAAGUUUACGUCGGUACAGAGAGUGAAGUUAAUCAAGCGAAUGCCACGGCCGACGCUACCCAGUAUUCGACACAAUAUAAUCCGCAAUCUUAUGAUCCAAGUGGACAAUCUGCUCAAAACUAUUACAAUCAAUAUGCAUAUCAACAGCAGGCGGUUCCACUACCAGUGGUUCCACAGGUGCCUCCAGUGCCUGCUGCCAACGCCGGAUUACCCACCCAGGCGGCCGUUCAACCAGCCGUGCCUUUACAACAACCCUAUGGAUAUAAUCAAUACGCAGCUCCAUAUCAACAAACUGCUCAAAAUUCGUAUGCAUACCAACAAUCAGCCUAUCCGGGGUACAAUCAAGCAUACACGGGAAAUAAUCAAUUUAUCCCGCCUCCACCAGCUGCUACAGCGACCACCGAAACUAGUGUUGCACCGCCAGCAGAAAUUUCAGCUGCAUAUAAGAAAAACCUUCCGAACUGGAAUGAUCCUCCAAUGAUUCCCCCCACCAAUCCAGCAAAACGAACAGCAGCACAAUUGGGUAAACAGUCACCACUCACUUCGCCCUUCCCAGCAUCGUCUGCUCCAGUACCGCCAGCACAUGCAGCACAGGCACAUCCACUACCUAACGUUCAUGGUGGCAUAGCACAACCCGCGCCGCCACCACCACAACCACAAAAUAUACCGCCCCCACAAAAUAUGUCGCAUCCACAAAAUAUACCUCCACAAUACGUUGGUCAUCAGCCGCCUCCAGUGAUGGGCCAGGCAGCACCACCUAACGCAGGUACUCGUGCAUCACCACAACCACAAACUCGGAUCUAUGGGCAAGGCAGAUCGACACCGACACCGCCUCCCCAUGCUAAUCCAACAUAUCGACCUGGUGUAUAUGGCACACCUGCAGAGGGUGGUUAUGGGUCUGUUGCACAAACAGGCGCUUAUGGCACCACAAAACCCUUGGUGGGCCAAGUUCCUCCACAAGCCCCUCCACAAGCUCUACCACAAGCCCCUCCGCAAGCCCCUCCACAAGCCCCUCCGCAAGUUUCUCACCAAGGUCCUCCUCCACCUGCACCGACGAGAACACCGCCUGUGCAAUUAGCUCGGACACCUACACCCGUGAAAACACCUACCCCGGCUAACAAGUAUUCCCCUGGUGAUCGGACUCAUAUACCCGCUGCACAUAAACCCAUAUUCACAAUCUUAAGUGGAGAGAUGCAAAGGGCUCGACAACAUUCACCUCCACAAAACAAGAAAAUGUUGGAUGACACUGAGAAACGUCUCAACGCUCUAUUCGAUGAGCUCAAUAAUGAAAUGAUAUCUGAAUCUGUGAUCGAAUCGCUAUUAUUAUUUUCGCAAGCACUACGAGUCCGCGAUUACCAAGCUGCUGUUGAUAUCCAAGUGAAAUUGAUGACCACGAAAUUCUCGGAAUGUGACAAGUGGAUAGUCGGGUUGAAACGAUUGAUAGAUAUCACGAAGAAUAUUCCAUAA